UAAUUUGAACUUAGAUUUUUUUUUUCGUUUAUAAACAACGAGUAUGAUUCAUCUUAUUUCUGCGUAUGUUUGGUGUAGCACAUUUCUUUUGAUCGGGGCGAGUGGUGACGGAAUUUGUUCAAAAGGAAUCAAUGUAGACGGUCCACCAGAAUGUUGUGCAAACUUCUACAAUGUGGGGAAUGGGUGUAGAGAGUGUCCUCCUGGGUAUUACGGAAAGAACUGUUCCAAUCCAUGUCCGACACCAGAAUAUGGAAUGAGUUGCAAUUAUCGCUGUGACAAUUGUUCAAACUGUAAUCACAUAUAUGGAUGUGGAGACGCUACAGAGGCGGAGACAAAUACAGUGGAUCAUUUCAUGUCCCCAGGGUCUACGGUGAAAGUUACAGAAAAUGCAACGUAUGAAGGAAAUGGUAACGAGACGUCUGAGUUUCACAUCAAUGUUAUUUAUACAGCAAUCGUAAUAACAUCCGGGACACUAAUAUCCUUGGUGAUACUGCUAAUAGUUAUAGGUGAAAUAUGUAGAUACAAGAGAUCUUCAGGUCUUAGGGAUGCAAAUAAAGUGUCAUGUAGAACACAUGAAGUAGACGAAACUUACACAGAAAUUAAUGAGUUCAUGGUUAAUGUAGCUUUACCCGAGGAUAAUGAGAGUACAGGUUCAAACAAAUGUAUCAGUAACGGACAUCCACCUUUCACUGAGAUAGAGGAAACAGCAUGUGAAGAAUAUGUUUAUAGCACUGUAUGUAAAGAAAAAAUUCUUUCAGAGGAUAAAAUCAGACCACAAUUUAAUGUAAACAGUGUUCAAAAUAGCAAAGAGAAGAACAACCAGGAAUCGGAUUUUGACUUACAAAGCAACACAAGCUCUGUGAACUGUUUUGGAUUGAAGUAUUUGAGUGACAGUUUUGAUAUCCUUUAUGCUGAUGAUGUUUUUGUAAAUGAGAAAACUGAAUCGACGUAUUUCUGAUAUUGCAUGGGAAUUAAACCUUGUUUGAAUAUCUUAACAAGUUAAUGAAAAUGAUUUAAACUUUAGCGCACAUGGGAAAUACAAACUGAUGUAGUUUUGUUUUCAGGAUCUCCACUUCUUAAUAUGUAUUCAAUCAUUACCACCCUACGUAUCCAAUUAGGUAUAUUCUCCCC